AUGCGGGAGCUGUCCAACAUGCCGCCAAUCCCAUCACUUUCGAGUCUGCGACUACCGCUGGACUACAUGGGGCUGCCAACUCCCGACUGUGUCGAUCUCCUGAAGAUGAUUGAUGGCAUGCAGAAUGACAUUUCCAGAACACCUAUCUCCACCCCUGCUACCACGCCGAUGUCCAUGCCUACCGCGUCACUCACGUCCACUCCCACAGCAGCACCGCCGACCUCAGACAUGCCCGCCUCCUCCGCCUUCCUGUCCUUGACAUCCGCUCCGGCCUUCGUUAACUUCCCUGAGCCCUUACCCUCAGUGGCGCCGUCGUCCUCACCGAUCGCUUGA